AUGGGUCAACUAUUCACUCGAAUAUCAACCGAAAGGUCUGAUCUACAAGCAUCAUCAAUACUUACGCCAAACAAUUUUGUUGCAAUGCAGCCGGUUAUGACGAAACGAAAAUAUAUUGAUCAAAAUAUGAUAUCAAAAAAGAGAAAAAUUCUCCUCAAUAACUAUUCUAGCAGUGCUGCUUGUUUAAUACUUUCGUCGAGAAUAUCGAAAUCUGUUAAACCAUUUAUUAUAAAUCGUUCGUCAAUACCAAUGACAAUUUUCAAAUGUCAACUAUGUUAUCAUUGUUUCGCUAGUAAAGAUUCUUAUCUUGAUCAUAUGAUUAUUUGUGCAAUUGAACAUCAAGCACCAGUUAAAAUAGUACGUGCAAAAAAACUGAUUCAUUUAAGUCAUGAAGAAUAA